AUGGAAACUGGGAUAUGUAUAAUGAAUAUUCUCAUGGCGUUUCGCAUCGAGUGCGUAACUGCUGUUGCCGCAGCCGCCGUCGUUGUGGCUAGUCGUCGCCGACAUUUAAAACGGCUUAGUCCGUUCGGGGUUCUCUACCCAAAAGAAUACCUUCGUCAAGCCACCUGGACGUUAACGUCGCGUGCACGACAUUUGUCCAUAAGUCCUCGCCAUCAUCCAUUCACCGCUCUUGCGUUUACUGGAAGAGCCGCUGAAGCUUGGUCAGGACGCGGUGCCGAGUACUUUUAG